UCUCUCUCUGCCUCUCUCUCUACUCGUGACAGAAGACGUGAAACAGAGAACAUAACUUUUUAUCGGCUGAAUUUUUGAAAUCAUUUUGGGUCAUUCAAAAGACAUGUUCUUACCUUUAUAGCCGCCGUCUCCUAAAUUCUUUUGGGUCUUUCAAAGAAAAUUCAGUUUUUUUUUCCUAAGCUCGAGUUAGUCUUGAAAAUGGAGAAUUUAGUGAAGAGCUGCACAGGAAUUGAGAAGAAGAGAAGCGGUUUGACUCCAUUGGUAGACGAAACGGUAACAGAGUCAAAGGAGAGCAGAAGCACUAGUGGAUCGAGCUACGAGAGUUCCUCAGGCGCCGCUUCGUCUUCUCCGCCACCGCCGCAGAUUCUCGGCUGGCCGAUAAGGAAAGCCUCAUUUCGUAAGAAUUCGAAAGAAAGUGUCAAAUCAGACCUUAAGAAAUCUGCCCUUCUCACUGAUUCUGGGUUUAAAGGAAAGGAGGUGAACGUUGAAGACGUAGAUAUGAUGAAGGAGAGGUUUGCCAAGUUAUUGCUUGGUGAAGAUAUGUCAGGCUCCGGGAAAGGCGUGUGCACCGCUUUAGCCAUCUCCAACGCCAUCACCAAUCUCUGUGCUACGAUUUUUGGGCAACUAUGGAGAUUAGAGCCGCUUUCAAGCGAGAAGAAGGAGAUGUGGAGGAGGGAAAUGGAGUGGCUUCUCAGUGUCAGUGAUCACAUCGUUGAGUUAACACCUUCAACGCAAACUUACCCAGACGGCAAAAAGUUUGACGUCAUGACUUGCCAACCAAGAUUUGAUCUUUUCAUCAACAUCCCAGCUCUUCGUAAACUAGACAACAUGCUUCUUGAUAUACUGGCGAGUUUCAAGAAAACCGAGUUCUGGUACGUUGAUCAAGGGAUCGUAGCUUCCGAGAACGAUGGCUCAGCUUCUUUCCGCAGAAAGAUUCAGCGCCAAGAGGAGAAAUGGUGGCUGCCUGUUCCUCGUUUAGCACCUAAUGGCUUAACUGAAGAAGCAAGAACAGAACUGAAUCACAAGAGGGAAUGUACGACGCAGAUACUUAAAGCUGCAAUGGCCAUUAACAGCGUCUCUUUAGCCGAAAUGGAUGUUCCCGAAUCAUACCUUGAGACACUUCCAAAGAACGGUAGAUCCUGCCUUGGGGAUGUUAUCUACAGGUACAUAACAUCUGACAAGUUUUCUGCAGAGUGUCUUCUCGAUUGCCUCGACCUGUCCUCGGAGCAUACUGCUCUUGACAUCGCAAACCGCGUGGAAGCUUCCAUAUAUGUUUGGCGUAGAAGAGUCCACACAAAACUUGGAGUCAACAGUUCAAGCUCUGCUACUCCAAAGUUAUCAUGGGAAAUGGUCAAAGAUCUAAUGGCUGCGGGUGACAAAAGGGGUUUGCUUGUGGAGAGAUCCGAAACUCUCUUACGUUGCUUGAAGCAGCGGUUUCCAUCUCUAACGCAGACUUCUCUAGACAUCAGCAAGAUUCAGUGGAACAAGGAUAUUGGGAAAUCAAUCCUAGAGAGCUACUCGAGGGCACUAGAGAGCUUGGCAUCAAACAUCAUGGCAAGAAUCGAUGAUUUACUCUACGUGGACGACUUAACAAAACAGUCAGAUGAUGAUAACAAUCCGUUGUCAAAUCCAGCUGCUUCCAGCGUUAUAGCUCACAAGAAAAUAGUACCAAUCCCUUAUCUAGUACCUGCAUCAGGGACUCCUUACAGAACAAGCUUCUCAACGACACCCGGUUUCUCUCCUUUGGCUGCUCCAAUGAUUAGUCCCAGAAAAGGAGUGAGGACACCUUCUUAUUCAAGCAAGAACACCAUCAAAGUCAAUGAGAAAGGUCUUCCUUCUCGAGGAUUCGGAGUGAGAAGGGUCUUGAACAACUAUCUUGGCAUGGAAUCAAAACUAAAAGCAGAGGAUCAAGAUGCUGCAGUGAUAAACCAGAUUGGCAAAGAAGGUGAAGAAGAGAAGAAGAGGGAUUCAACAUCAGUCCAUCAAAAGGGUCCUCCAAAGUACAUUGUUUCUUAAAGAGCUUACAGAAACUCGAUAGAAUGUGUAAUUGAUGCAGUCAUGGAUUGAUUUGUCUGAUUCAUCUACUUGUAAGUUUUUUUUCUUAUUCUAUCUUCUCUAUAAUGAUAAAGUGUCCACAUUUGCAAACCAAAAUCAAAAUAAAGACAGGCAAAAGUGGGAAGUAGUCG